GAGGUUGUGAUUCACACCCUUGUCCCUUCUCAAGCCCCCCCAGGUUAAACCAUGGGAGACUGGUUAAACCAUGGGAGACUGGUUAAACCAUGGGAGACUGGUUAAACCAUGGGAGACUGGUCCAUUCUCGGACGCUUCCUAUCCGAGGUGCAGAACCACUCCACAGUGAUCGGCAAGAUCUGGCUGACCAUGUUGCUGAUCUUCCGCAUCCUGCUGGUGACGACAUCUUCCCUGUGCUGCACUACCUGUGCUGGGUCUACAUCUUCCCUGUCCUGCACUACCUGGGCUGGGUCUACAUCUUCCCUGUGCUGCACUACCUGGGCUGGGUCUACAUCUUCCCUGUGCUGCACUACCUGGGCUGGGUCUACAUCUUCCCUGUGCUGCACUACCUGUGCUGGGUCUACAUCUUCCCUGUGCUGCACUACCUGUGCUGGGUCUACAUCUUCCCUGUGCUGCACUACCUGUGCUGGGUCUACAUCUUCCCUGUGCUGCACUACCUGGGCUGGGUCUACAUCUUCCCUGUGCUGCACUACCUGGGCUGGGUCUACAUCUUCCCUGUGCUGCACUACCUGGGCUGGGUCUACAUCUUCCCUGUGCUGCACUACCUGGGCUGGGUCUACAUCUUCCCUGUGCUGCACUACCUGGGCUGGGUCUACAUCUUCUGCGUACUGUGCUCCGCUUGCUCCACCUGCUUCCGGCCCGAGAGCGACCCUGUGGGGCUGUACAACCACCACAACCCUCUGCUGCUGCAGCUCAAACACUCUCUGAGGGGCAGGCUGGUCCUGCAGACUCCCACGCCCAUGGCCCAGGAGAAGGCUGGUCCUGCAGACUCCCACGCCCAUGGCCCAGGAGAAGGCUGGUCCUGCAGACUCCCACGCCCAUGGCCCAGGAGAAGGCUGGUCCUGCAGACUCCCACGCCCAUGGCCCAGGAGAAGGCUGGUCCUGCAGACUCCCACGCCCAUGGCCCAGGAGAAGGCUGGUCCUGCAGACUCCCACGCCCAUGGCCCAGGAGAAGGCUGGUCCUGCAGACUCCCACGCCCAUGGCCCAGGAGAAGGCUGGGGGCCACUUGCUCACUCACGUCCCAGCCAUCUCCUUUGAGACCGACUCUACUGUGGAGUGCACCUCCAAGAGGACUCCGGAAGAGAGGGACCGGGUGAAGGUUAUACUGGCCAAGAUGGGACGGAUCAAGAAAUCUUGGCUGUGAAAUGCCCAUUAUGUGUGAUUAUCGAUUGUAGCAUUUUCCACUUUUGAAAUAAUAAUGGGAAAGACAGGGUUUAUAGCGUAGGUUGCUCAGAUUGGGCAUUGGGAAAAAUUGAGAGAAUGAAAGUUUACUCCUGAUUCAGAGAGAAAGAUUCAACUUUAUCAUCCAUACCAUAGUUUAAAUUACAUAAAGAAUAUUCAAACUGUUCCUGAGUUUCGAAAGACAGAGAAAGGAAAACGUUUUUCUGUAAAAUUGUAUACAUUCAGUUUACAGUCAUUAUCUUCAGUCUGUUCACACCUGUUCACACAAGGCCUACUGUCCACAAUCUCAGGGUUCUUCAAUACAAAUACACCUGUUUCAUAAAACCUGACAAGUUUUCACAUUCAAACAAUGUUUGUAAGAUACUUUUCAAUAACUCCUUGUAAUUGUUGAAACCAUACAUAGCUGGUAACUUGAGCUUGACAGAGUACUUGAGCUCGGCAGAGUAGUUUUGACCUGUGUCCAGACGCAGUCAUUUAUGUUGUCUAAAGGCAAUUUGUCUCUCAUAACAAUAUUAUUUUUCAUAAUAAUCUAAUCUGAUUAACUGGUAGGUAGUCACUAACUAUUUGUAGCAUGUGUGCCUCUUUUUAUUGAUAUUUACAUGGUGUGUAUGUGUAUAGAUGUUAAGUAAUUAAUGUUGAAAUUAUCCAAGGGUUUUUAACUGAAAUGUUAAUAGUUGGUGUCUCAAUCUCAGACAUUUGCGC